CCACCAGAGAUUUCGCCUCCAUUUCAAAUGCUUCUCUGUCCCUCCCUUUCGAAAUCCAACACUUCUCCCCCGACAACAAACACCCCUUGUCGUUCUCUCUCCUAGGGUUUCCCUGCCACUGAAGAGCUAUCCCUACAAAUUCUCCUGCGAGCUUUCUUGGUUGGUUACUCUCCAAAUGAUAAUUAAUUCAUAUCCAUUUAAAGACACUACUGCAACUAACAUUUCCCUCUUUAUCUUCCCUUUGGGGCUAAAAGAUGGGACUGAAGCGUGUAGGAGCUGAAGGAGAGUCAAUGGUGGCUCAGGAAGGCUAAAAUCGUUAUGUUCGACACUUCCAAGUCGCUGUAAACUCCGAGUUGUCUCAAACCUCCCCUGGCCUGAUUGUCUCCUAAACAAUUAGUUCCGCCACAAUAUCAUCACUAUCUUUACUGAAACGUCUGCCAGGAAAGCCUGUUCUCUACUAUUUUCAUGAGAGGAUAUUUCUACUUGGAGUGAGGGCAAAAUAAACUCAUAUAGAUAGCCAUGGAUCAUUCGGAACAAACACAGCAACAACAACGGGAGCAGCAACAGCAGCAUCAGGCAAUGGGCGGUGUAGCUGGUACUGGUCAGAUGGCCUAUGCUACUCCUCCCUACCGAACUGCUUCCAUGGUUGCUUCUGGCACACCAGCAGUAGCUCUCCCUCCCCCAACACAGCCUCCCGCUAUAUACUCAAAUUCCCCUCACCAACUUGCAUAUCAGCAAGCACAACACUUUCACCACCACCAGCAGCAACAACAGCAACAGCAACUUCAGAUUUUCUGGGCCAAGCAAAUGCAGGAGAUUGAACAAACUACUGAUUUUAAGAAUCAUAGCCUUCCGCUUGCUCGGAUUAAAAAAAUUAUGAAAGCUGAUGAAGAUGUCCGGAUGAUCUCAGCUGAGGCCCCUGUCAUAUUUGCAAUGGCAUGUGAAAUGUUCAUCUUGGAGCUAACUUUGCGCUCUUGGAUCCACACAGAGGAGAACAAAAGAAGAACACUCCAGAAGAAUGACAUUGUUGCUGCCAUUUCAAGGACUGAUGUCUUUGAUUUCUUGGUUGAUAUUAUUCCUCGGGAUGAAUUGAAGGAAGAAGGACUUGGUAUGACCCAAUCUAAUAUUCCUAUGAUGGGUUCUCCUGCUGAUAUGCCCUAUUACUAUGUCCCGCCACAGCAUCCGGUUGCACCACCAGGGAUGAUCAUGGGGAAGCCAAUUGAUCAAGCAUCACUCUAUUCAGCCCAACAACCUCGGCCACCAGUUACUUUCAUGCCGUGGCCACAAACUCAACCACAGCAACAGCAAUCUCAACAACAAGAAGAUGACUCGUGAGUUUGGAGAACCAGGUAAUGUUACUAUUGCUUAGCAAAGCAUCUGAUGAAUCUCAGUGGAGUUGUUUUGUAGCAAUUAGUGUACUGGUAGAUGUAGUGUCAGCCGGCAUUUGUACAAAGUGUUUCCGCGAAGUCAAAUGUGAGGCAGCUGUAUCAUCAAUGGGUUUGGGUUUGUGUUUUGCUUUUAGAUUGUGAUGAUUGUAGCAUUUUUUUCCCCUCCCUUUUUAUGGUAGACCAAAAUGAUUCUAGUUACCAUAGUUAAGUUUGCUUUCUUUAACAAUGAUUGGAAGGGGCUUUACAAGGAAGUUUGAAUUAUUGUUAAUAAUCCAAUGAUUAACUGGAGCUUUUCAACCGUUGGUGCAUGAGUUUGUGUU